CGUGUUUCUAGUGCAUGCCACAUCAACAACUUCUGGUUGGCUUUUCUUUAACUAAGUGACUGGCUCAUUUUGUUGACUGAAUCUGGUGAGGAUUUGACCUGUAUACAGAGACAGAAAUGAUCUAACAUGAUGGUACUCAUUGAAGUUUUAUUGUUUGAAUUCUCCUGGUUUUCUCACCAACCGGCUUCUCUGUUUUCCUCUGUUAGGAUUCUCUGCUUCCAUCUCUUUCUCAGUCAUUUUGAGUUUGGCCUAAUUGAAAACUGAGGUUAUGAAGUCGAUCCUGGAUGGCCUUGCAGAUACCACCUUCCGCACCAUCACCACGGACCUCCUCUACGUGGGCUCGAAUGACAUUCAGGGAAGUCCCUUCCAGGAGAAGAUGACUGCGGGAGACAGCCCCCAGCUAGUCCCAGCAGACCAGGUGAACCUCACUGAAUUUUACAACAAGUCUCUUUCAUCCUACAAGGAAAAUGACAACAUUCAGUGUGGGGAGAACUUCAUGGACAUGGAGUGCUUCAUGAUUCUGAACCCCAGCCAGCAGCUGGCCAUCGCUGUGCUGUCCCUCACUCUGGGCACCUUCACAGUUCUGGAGAACCUGCUGGUGCUGUGUGUCAUCCUGCACUCUCGCAGCCUCCGCUGCAGGCCUUCCUACCACUUCAUCGGCAGCCUGGCGGUGGCAGACCUUCUGGGGAGUGUCAUCUUUGUCUAUAGCUUCGUUGAUUUCCACGUGUUCCACCGCAAAGACAGCCCCAACGUGUUUCUGUUCAAACUGGGCGGCGUCACGGCCUCCUUCACCGCCUCGGUGGGCAGCCUGUUCCUCACCGCCAUCGACAGGUAUAUAUCUAUUCACAGGCCCCUGGCCUAUAAGAGAAUUGUCACCAGGCCCAAGGCUGUGGUGGCAUUUUGCCUGAUGUGGACCAUAGCAAUUGUGAUCGCUGUGCUGCCUCUCCUGGGCUGGAACUGCAAGAAACUGCAAUCCGUGUGCUCAGACAUCUUCCCCCUCAUCGACGAAACCUACCUGAUGUUCUGGAUCGGGGUGACCAGCGUGCUGCUGCUGUUCAUCGUGUACGCCUACAUGUACAUCCUCUGGAAGGCCCACAGCCACGCGGUGCGCAUGAUUCAGCGCGGCACCCAGAAGAGCAUCAUCAUCCACACGUCCGAGGACGGCAAGGUGCAGGUGACGCGGCCGGACCAGACGCGCAUGGACAUCAGGCUGGCCAAGACGCUGGUCCUCAUCCUGGUGGUGCUGAUCAUCUGCUGGGGCCCCCUGCUCGCCAUCAUGGUCUACGACGUCUUUGGGAAGAUGAACAAGCUCAUUAAGACAGUGUUUGCCUUCUGCAGUAUGCUCUGCCUGCUCAACUCCACCGUGAACCCCAUCAUCUACGCUCUGAGGAGCCAGGACCUGAGGCACGCCUUCCGGAGCAUGUUCCCGUCGUGCGAAGGCACCGCGCAGCCCCUCGACAACAGCGUGGGCGAGUCGGACUGCCCGCACAAGCCCGCCAACAGCGCGGCCGGCGCGCACCGGGCCGCCGAGAGCUGCAUCAAGAGCACGGUCAAGAUCGCCAAGGUCACCAUGUCCGUGUCCACGGACACGUCGGCCGAGGCCGUGUGAGCCGACGCCUUCCUGGGCGGCGCAGGGAAAGAAGUUUUGUUUUGUUUUUAAAGCUGAAAAUCUAGAGGAGUCUGUCGUCUCAUCGGUUAUAUUUUUUAAGUUUAUCAUGCUCACUGAAAAGAUGAUCUUCACUAUGAUCGGUAGGCUGUUUGCGAAUGUUUGGGAUAGUGUAGAUUCUCAAAUUCAGUUCUCCAGGGACUGACAGUGAAGAAAGCCUUUUGCUUAAGUGACUGGGAGGUUGUUCAAAGUCUCAAGGAAAUAGGAGGGAAACCUUUAGCUACACAAUUUGAAGUCUAAGUACCAAUAGAAAAAUGCCAUCAAAUGAGUAAAUGCCUUUGUAACCACAACUUUAUUAUAAUGUGAAAUGUAUUUGUCCAUCAGUAUCAGAGCUGUCCAUUUUUACAACAGUUAUAGUACUAAAGUAGAGCUAUUUUGUAAAAUUUAUUGUGUCCUGUGAGAUGUGUAUCAGUGUUUAUUAUGUGUUGUUUAUAUUUGUCUAGUUCAGCAAAACUGAAAAGUAGAAUUUUAUGAAAAUGAUGGAAUAUAAGCAGUGGAUAUAUGCCAAUAAGACCACUUUUUAAAAGAGUAUUGCCCAUAAUAUAACUUUAGAAACCUUAAUAUUUUUUCAGACAUCUCUAUUUAAAUUUAACAUUGGACAUAACCAUAAAGGUUUAUUUUUUCUGUUAAUACAACAAGAAGAAUUUGAAGAGUCUCCAAAGUAUUGAGCAGAAUUUAUUGACACUUAAAAAUUUAUUAGCUCUGCGUUUUCAUAUGAGGACAUUUAUUAUCUUCUCGACUAAAGCUAUUGUCUUGGGUGAUGGAUUACAAUUAGAAUGGAAGAAAGAAGGCAUAUUGACUUUUUAGGCUGACAUCUCUGACUUUCUUUAGUCUUUAGCUAUUACUGGACCUCUUAAGACAGACAGCAUGUGUCAAUCUUAAUGUAUAUUGUUAUCACUGUGCAAUUGCUGUUUACUUGAAGAGUAUUGUAUUCUUAUAUUCCAGGUUUAAGUAGAUUUUAUGCCUGGGUGGCCAAACAACAAUCUUCAUUAUUUUCUUAAUUGAAAAGAAGUAUUGUCUGGAUCAGUAAAAUUAUACUGUGUGUGAAUGUGAAUAUAAAUGUGUGUAUGUGUGCAUUUCUAUCCUGUAACUGUUACAGUAAUGUCAUAAAGUGAGAAAACUGUGACCCAGUGUAAACUGUACCACUUGCUGCACUCUUA